AUGUUCUCAGUGCUCAGCGUAGACUCCUUUGAGCAGGUCUCGAAGCCCGUGGUGGAGAAGACUUUCCACGUCCAGCACAAGUCCAUACGGCAGCUGAAUAUCGUGGGGCCAACCUCCAGAUCCAAAAAGGGAUGUCUAUGUUGCAGAAAGCGACGAAAACGUUGUGACCAGGUCCACCCUGUUUGUGGAACAUGCACUCGACGUAACGAGGAGUGUGUUUGGCCCUCGCAGGUGCUGAUGAAUAAGGUCAUGGCUAAGAAGUCGUCUCUGGUCCCCGAGGAUGCGGACCACCAGCUAGCCCUAGACCUUAUCUCCGACAAGGAAGUGAACAGUACCGCAACCAAGCCAUCAGGGACGAUGUCCGUCUGCCACUCGAAUGAGUUUCUCUUGCUGCUCUCACCGUCCCAUCUUGUAGAUCCUUCCCCCAGCGAGGAGGAUGGGGUCGUGGAGCUCUACUCACGGAAUUUUGUCCUCCAACUGCCACCCCCCAGCUCACUGCUUGUCCAGACGACAACGGGGGCAGCGGGGGGAGACUGGGACGAUUUCCUCUCCUUGGACACUAAUAGCCCUCCACUCUUGGUGUACGAGCCAACGUCAACGUUCUCCCUCUUCCUCGAUGAAAGGGCCUUGUCGUACUUACACUACUUCCAGCACAACGUGACGGAAAUCCUCUGUAUCAUCCCGGAAGAGACCCCGAACUACUUUGUGCGGACCUUCUUCUCUGUAGCCAUGACUGACGAAGCCAUCCUGAACGCGCUAGCUGCAUGGGGUGGGUACUUCAAAGAGGGCCGCAUCACUGACGCGGUAUCCUCUCACUAUAAAACCGCCCAGGAUCUCAUGGCCGAGCGCUAUGCCCACCGAACGACCCCACUAGACAAGUUUGACCGUUACAUUCUCGUGUGCUUCUACGUCAUCCUGAUCGGAGUAGAGCUUUGUAGAGGAGACGCCUCCAAUUGGUACUCCAACUUUGAGAAAUGCCACAAGAUCCUCACAUCUGACUACGGCGGAAUGCUUCAACUCUGUCAGGAUUUCUCCUACUCCAACGACGUCAAGUGGCUCGUCUCAAACCUCCAGUUCCAUGACAUCAUGUCUUCUGACACCCAGGCCCGUGGGACUCUCUUCCCCAUGGAUGACUACAAUACCCUCUUCACCAAGUAUAGGCUCUUGGAAACCGGCGGGUAUUUGGACCCGUUCCAAGGAUGUGUCCAGCCGAUCUACAUGGUCUUGGCGGAGGUCAUCGACGCUCAUGUUAGGCUCAAACAGAAGCGCCAGGACAUAGAAACAAAGUUGACCUCCACCAUACUCUCGAGCCAGGAUAUGAAAACUUUCCGUCAACAACGGUUGGACUACUUCAUAGAGUCAGAAAAGACAAUCCGAGCCUUACAGGGGAAGAUCGACAGCUGCCAACCUUCCGAGAGCCAAUUAGCCCUUUUUGACGCCGACAGUUUGCCCCAUCAACUCACCUUUUUCGAAACUGUUCGUGACACUUGCAAGAUCUACCUCUUACUUCAUCUCAAGCAACUCCUGCCGUCUUCCUCGGAGGUGCAGCUGAUUCUCUUGCCCUCGCUCUACUCUAUGGAGACCCUCGAAGAGACGAAUCUCAUCACUGCCAUGUCUAUGCUGUUGCUUAUUUUCGGUAUUUCCUGCUCUCUCCCGUGCGAUCGAAUUGAGAUAACAAACAUCUACAAACGAGGUAUUGAGAUCUACAAGCUUGGGAAUAUGCACAGAGUCUGGGACGUGGUGCAGGAGUUCUGGAACAGAAAUCCUCAUGGGAAUCUAUGUAUCGAUUGGGCUGACAUAUGUGAAGAGAAAGGCUGGGUAAUCUCUAUGUGUUAACCUGCUAUCUGCCCAAGGGCCAAUGCAGCACUCGUCCCUCCCCAUGGGGAUGGUGAACCGCUCUGCUGGAAUGCAGUGGCUUUUCCCGCAUAGAGGUCAGUGGAGCGUCUAAGGGACUCCGUAGUCUGGAUCGCUUGUUCUUCACUACGGGGUUGGUGAACCGCUCCGCUGGCUAAUCUGAGGUGUCUCCUCGAAGAUGAGCUAGGCUCCACGCAGUUGCUCUCCCCGAGCAGGGGCCAUCGGAGCGUCACGCUUACCCCGUAGGGCUGGAGUACUGGACUCUCCGCAGGAUUAUGCGCCCGCUGUCACUCCAUGUACCUACUACAUUUGUAAAACCCGGGUUAUUGGCAGGUCUGAUAGAACUGGUGUUAUUGCUAC